CCCCCCCAGCCCUCCGAGACCGCGAGAGCCCUGAGGGUGGGAGAUCCGGUGGAAUGUCUCCACCCUGCCCUGGCCCGCUACGUCCAUCUGUCCGUCUGUCCACUCCCGCCUCUUCCCACCAUCUCCAAUCCCCCCAUUCUCCGGAGGGCGGGCGGGCAGGCGGGUGCGAGCGGGGGGUGUGCGCCGCUCUCUCGGCAGGGGGCGGGGGAGGCGGCCGCGCGGUGACGCGCGGGGCUGCUGCGGCUGCUCCGCCGGCGGAUCAUCACUCUCGGGCUGGGAUGGACGCGGGGCGGGCGGGCCCUGGCGCGCGGAGCCAGGAGUCCGGGCCUCCCGGCUGCUGAGCGUCCCUUGAAGCCUCCCCUCACCCCCGCCUUCCCUCCUAGGAUCCGCGCUGACCCCCGCCCCGGGGCUCUGGACUCGGCUCCCGCCCUCCUCUGACUCCCCGGACCUCCCCCUCCCGCCCGCCCUCGGGAUCGACUAGAUCCCUCCCCCUCCCCGAGGAUUCCGGCUGGAUCCCUGCCCCUGCACCGCGGAUCCUGCGCUCCCGGGCCCCGGGCCCCUGGGGAUUAACGUGGACUCCUCCUCCAGCACCCGAUCCUUAGGAUCCUCCGCCUGGACCGCCUUCUGGUCUCUCGAAGCCGGCCCACGGAACCAGCGGAUCCUCAAUCUAGUCCUGUCCCGUUGCCCCCUCCUUUCUCUAUCGUCCCUACUGCGGGGUUCCCUGUUCUCGGGCUCCCCCUGAUCCCAUCCCCUAGCUCUCCUUUUCCCGGGGAUCGACUGGAUCCCGGCCCCGCCCCCCGGGGCUGGGGCGAUCCCCCUCCCCCGCCGGGUGAGGCGCUGCGGGCGGGGGCUGGGCCUGCGGGGCCGCGGGGGCUCAGAGGCCGCCGCCCCCUCCCGAAGGCCUUUCGCCCCCCACUCGGAGCCCUGGAUGGAGGCACCACGGCCCCAGGGCUGAGCCAGGGAGGUGGGAGCUGGGACUCCUGAGUCCCUGAGGAGAACCUGCCUGGGAGGGAUACAUCAGCUGGAAGGGAGCAUGCUGGGUCUGGAGAGCUGACACGCCUCUCCUCUGGCUGGGUCCUGGACUUGAACCACAUCUGGGCCCCACCCCCAACCUAGGCGUCUGCUGAGGGGAGAAGGGCUGCUAGGUCGGGCCUGCCUUCACCUUCUCCCACGUCCUUCCCCUUCCCCACCCCGUGCCCCCUCCAUGGAGAGGAACAGACCCCUUCUCUGUCCAGUCUAACCCAGGUCCCUCCCCAACCCCCUCCUCCCUCCUUUCCCCCACCCCCUCCUCCCUCCUGGGGCGAGGGGGGCCUCCCUCCCUCUCCCCCCCUUCUCUCUCUCUCCGAGGGGGGAGGGUCCCGGGGAGGGAGGGGGGGUCCCCCGAUCAGCAUGUGGCUCCUGGCGCUGUGUCUGGUGGGGCUGGCGGGGGCUCAACGCGGGGGAGGGGGUCCCGGCGGCGGCGGCGCCCCGGGCGGCCCCGGCCUGGGCCUCGGCAGCCUCGGGGAGGAGCGCUUCCCGGUGGUGAACACGGCCUACGGGCGAGUGCGCGGUGUGCGGCGCGAGCUCAACAACGAGAUCCUGGGCCCCGUCGUGCAGUUCUUGGGCGUGCCCUACGCCACGCCGCCCCUGGGCGCCCGCCGCUUCCAGCCGCCUGAGGCGCCCGCCUCGUGGCCCGGCGUGCGCAACGCCACCACCCUGCCGCCCGCCUGCCCGCAGAACCUGCACGGGGCGCUGCCCGCCAUCAUGCUGCCUGUGUGGUUCACCGACAACUUGGAGGCGGCCGCCACCUACGUGCAGAACCAGAGCGAGGACUGCCUGUACCUCAACCUCUACGUGCCCACCGAGGACGGUCCGCUCACAAAAAAACGUGACGAGGCGACGCUCAAUCCGCCAGACACAGAUAUCCGUGACCCUGGGAAGAAGCCUGUGAUGCUGUUUCUCCAUGGCGGCUCCUACAUGGAGGGGACCGGAAACAUGUUCGAUGGCUCAGUCCUGGCUGCCUACGGCAACGUCAUUGUAGCCACGCUCAACUACCGUCUUGGGGUGCUCGGUUUUCUCAGCACCGGGGACCAGGCUGCAAAAGGCAACUAUGGGCUCCUGGACCAGAUCCAGGCCCUGCGCUGGCUCAGUGAAAACAUCGCCCACUUUGGGGGCGACCCCGAGCGUAUCACCAUCUUUGGUUCCGGGGCAGGGGCCUCCUGCGUCAACCUUCUGAUCCUCUCCCACCAUUCAGAAGGGCUGUUCCAGAAGGCCAUCGCCCAGAGUGGCACCGCCAUUUCCAGCUGGUCUGUCAACUACCAGCCGCUCAAGUACACGCGGCUGCUGGCAGCCAAGGUGGGCUGUGACCGAGAGGACAGCGCUGAAGCUGUGGAGUGUCUGCGCCGGAAGCCCUCCCGGGAGCUGGUGGACCAGGACGUGCAGCCUGCCCGCUACCACAUCGCCUUUGGGCCCGUGGUGGAUGGCGACGUGGUCCCCGAUGACCCUGAGAUCCUCAUGCAGCAGGGAGAAUUCCUCAACUACGACAUGCUCAUCGGCGUCAACCAGGGAGAGGGCCUCAAGUUCGUGGAGGACUCUGCAGAGAGCGAGGACGGUGUGUCUGCCAGCGCCUUUGACUUCACUGUCUCCAACUUUGUGGACAACCUGUAUGGCUACCCGGAAGGCAAGGAUGUGCUUCGGGAGACCAUCAAGUUUAUGUACACAGACUGGGCCGACCGGGACAAUGGCGAAAUGCGCCGCAAAACCCUGCUGGCGCUCUUUACUGACCACCAAUGGGUGGCACCAGCUGUGGCCACUGCCAAGCUGCACGCCGACUACCAGUCUCCCGUCUACUUUUACACCUUCUACCACCACUGCCAGGCGGAGGGCCGGCCUGAGUGGGCAGAUGCGGCGCACGGGGAUGAACUGCCCUAUGUCUUUGGCGUGCCCAUGGUGGGUGCCACCGACCUCUUCCCCUGUAACUUCUCCAAGAAUGACGUCAUGCUCAGUGCCGUGGUCAUGACCUACUGGACCAACUUCGCCAAGACUGGGGACCCCAACCAGCCGGUGCCGCAGGAUACCAAGUUCAUCCACACCAAGCCCAAUCGCUUCGAGGAGGUGGUGUGGAGCAAAUUCAACAGCAAGGAGAAGCAGUAUCUGCACAUAGGCCUGAAGCCACGUGUGCGUGACAACUACCGCGCCAACAAGGUGGCCUUCUGGCUGGAGCUCGUGCCCCACCUGCACAACCUGCACACGGAGCUCUUCACCACCACCACGCGCCUGCCUCCCUACGCCACGCGCUGGCCGCCUCGUCCCCCCGCCGGCGCCCCGGGCACACGCCGGCCCCCGCCGCCUGCCACCCUGCCUCCCGAGCCCGAGCCGGAGCCUGGCCCGAGGGCCUACGACCGCUUCCCCGGGGACUCGCGGGACUACUCCACGGAGCUGAGCGUCACUGUGGCCGUGGGUGCCUCCCUCCUCUUCCUCAACAUCCUGGCCUUUGCUGCCCUCUACUACAAGCGGGACCGGCGGCAGGAGCUGCGGUGCAGGCGGCUCAGCCCACCUGGCGGCUCAGGCUCUGGCGUGCCUGGUGGGGGCCCCCUGCUCCCCGCUGCGGGCCGUGAGCUGCCACCAGAGGAGGAGCUGGUGUCACUGCAGCUGAAGCGGGGUGGUGGCGUCGGGGCGGACCCUGCCGAGGCUCUGCGCCCUGCCUGCCCGCCCGACUACACCCUGGCCCUGCGCCGGGCACCGGACGAUGUGCCUCUCUUGGCCCCCGGGGCCCUGACCCUGCUGCCCAGUGGCCUGGGGCCACCGCCACCCCCACCGCCCCCCUCCCUUCAUCCCUUCGGGCCCUUCCCCCCGCCCCCUCCCACCGCUACCAGCCACAACAACACGCUACCCCACCCUCACUCCACCACUCGGGUAUAGGGGGCGGGUGGGGAGGCCCUCCUCCCCGGCCCUCCCUGGCCCGGCCACUCCGAAGGCAGGGAGGAGGACUUGGCAACUGGCUUUUCUCCUGUGGAGUCGUCACACGCCAUCCAGCAGCGCUAAGGUGGACAUGGGAUUCCUCCCUGCGAUGCGUGUCUUUCCCACGCAGAGAAGCCCAGUCUCUUCUCUGGAUCUGGGCCUUUGAACAACUGGGGGGCGUUUUCUCCCCCCCCAUUGGGACACCAGUCUUUGGUGUGUGGAAUGUGGUAUUUUCCCGCGUGGAGGUGUGCUUUCUCACAAUGGGGUGUGUUUUCCCAUGUGCAGGGUGAGGUUUUUUUUUGCCACCCUGGACACAUGUUGGCCCCCUCAAAGAAUUUCUGUGGGGAUUUGUACCCCAGAAUCCUGUUCCCCCAUCCCUUCUCCCACCUCCUCCCCUCUCCCUCCCCCUGGAGACCCUGGAAGUGGUGUGUUCACAUACAGUGACCCUUGGCCACCAGGCCACAGAGGAUGGAGCCUGGGAAGCAGCGAGGAAAUCACAGCCCCCUCGCCCCUGCCUCCCUUGCCACCACCCCGGCGAAGCAUGUUCCCCCCGACGCCCCCCUUGGCACAAGUCAGAUGAAGCACGUUCUGCCGGGGAGGCCCUCACCUUCCAGAGAGGACAGACACAGAUUUCCUGCUGGGGGAGGGAGGAGUCCACGCAUCCCGAUGCUGCCUGGAAGCUUAUUUUCCCGUGGUCCAGGACACAUUUCUCUGAGUGGAAACAGGUUCUUGCAUGUGGAUGUGUGUUUCCCCAGGCAGACAGCCCCUCUCUUCCCAGCACUUCCCUGCCUCCCCCAGGCCUCAGGCCCAGCACCCAGUUCCUCCUCACAUGGCAGGUGAGCACAGACUUCUAAUUGACAGGAGCUGAGGAGGGUGAACAAACCCCGAGGGAGGCCCGGCCCUUGCUCCCGAGUUGGGGGGAGGGGGCGUGGCAACGUGCCCCCCCGCAGAGGCCACGCAUGUUUGACCAAAGCCCUCACUGUGGUCCGAGGACAGCCUUUUCCCCAGGCCUCGGAGCAUUGCUCAUCUGUGCCAAACUGGGUAGGUGGAUUUGAGCGGAAAGACUCCCCAAAUGUGCCGAGAAUUUCCCAGUCCCAGGCAGGGCUGGGGAAACUAAGGGCAAGCAGGAUACAGGGCGAGGGAUGUGGCAGGUGAGGGGGCUCCCGCCUGUGCCCCUUCUCCUCACCAUGUCUCCCCCACCCUGCCUCAGUUCUCCGUUCCCCUUCAUCUCCGUCCCCCUCUUUGAAGCUGUCCCCAUCUCAGUGUCAGACCAGCCUUCUCCUCAGCUGACCACCCUCCUCUGACCCACGCCCCCUCCUUGUCUGAAAGAAAGGAGCCUUGAAUGGUGGAGGGAGGCAGUGGGGAGAAAGGUCUCACCGGACAGGUUGGGAGAAUGAGGUCAGUGGUGCUGGGGAACAGAUGGAGGGGCAGUGGGGACAGGGCUUGGGCAGACACCAGCAGGAAUAAUUUGAAAUGUGUGAGGUGACUCCCCGGAGGGCCUUGGGCUUGGGCAUCUGGGAAAAGAAUGAUGUCUGGAAGGGCUUAAGGGACACAGUGGACGAGGGGAGAGUCCUCAUCUGCUGGCAUUUUGUGGGGUGUUAGUGCCAAACUUGAAUAGGGGCUGGGGUGCUGUCUUCCACUGACACCCAAAUCCAGAAUCCCUGGUCUUGAGUCCCCAGAACUUUGCCUCUUGACUGUCCCUUCUCUUCCUACCUCCAUCCAUGGAAAAUUAGUUAUUUUCUGAUCCUUUCCCCUGCCUGGUCUAGCUCCUCUCCAAACAGCCAUGCCCUCCAAAUGCUAGAGACCUGGGCCCUGAACCCUGUAGACAGAUGCCCUCAGAAUUGGGGCAUGGGAGGGGGGCUGGGGGACCCCAUGAUUCAGCCACGGACUCCAAUGCCCAGCUCCUCUCCCCAAAACAAUCCCGACAAUCCCUUAUCCCUACCCCAACCCUUUGCGGCUCUGUACACAUUUUUAAACCUGGCAAAAGAUGAAGAGAAUAUUGUAAAUAUAAAAGUUUAACUGUU